AUGAAUAUCAAUUUCAAGUCACAGCCUGAACCUCAGUUCAACCACAACAUGCCACAGAACAACCAGCGUUACACUCCCUCUAGAAGCUCAGAUGGGACGUACUUCUUGUCCAGGCAUGUUCCUCAUCCCAGGAUGGUUUGUCACAUACGAGGGCUAAACAAUGCUCCCAUCUGUGUUGUAAGGGAGAAAUUUUUAAGAGAACGUGCAUCUCCUGGCAAAACAGAAAUCAUGGAGCGCACAGCUGACCAACAGCAUGUGCUGCCUGGGAACAUUACAAGCAAUGCAUCCACCAACAACUACUUUCCAAGGCUGGAGGCUUGCCUGAGAAGGGGGUUAGGCUCUUCCCAGUCUGGGACACAACAUGGGGAAGAAGGGCUUGGAGACAUUGCUAAAGGGAUUCCAAAUACCCCUAAUUCACUUAAAAAGCUUGUGAAAAAACGACUCCAGACCUCUGCACCACCUGCAACUAGCCAGGGAAUCCACGCUGCUUCUCACACCCUGCCUUCCUCUCCAUUCACCAACUUGCAUCACAAUCCUCACAUCCAUGAGGACAUGAAUUACACCCCAAGCUACCUGGAUCAGGGAAUAAAGGUGCUGGAGAAAUUUUGCAAAGUUUUACAGACAGAUUCUCUUGCAGAGAUCCAAGGAUGGCUCUCAAGAGCAAGUAUAAAAGAGAAAAACUUCGUGUCCGAUCUGAUUCGGUCAGAACUGACUGGCAAAGACUUGCUGAAUUAUCAGCCACCUGCAAUCAAUGAAGGUACAACAGAGAACAUGAAUAUCCAGAGUCUGAAAAAGCCUCACCCUCCUCUUUGGGGAGAUGCUGAAGAAGAAAUGAAUCAGUCCAGGCCUUCAACUAAAGAAUCAGAAGCAAGUCAAAACAAGAAACAGGGCAAGUGA